AUGGCAACCGUCGAAAGAAGCCGGACGGCUUUGAAAGCUUUCAAGACAAUCAUUACCGAGAUCAAGAAGGCCAAUGGAGUAAGUGUUUUAUUGUUUGUUCUCGGAACUUUAGUUGAUUUACAUCUGGAAGACGUCUGACUAAAAAUAUUUUAGAAACCUUCAGAACAACACAUAAACUUCAUCAAGGAUCAAUUCAAGAACCACAAGCUUACUCAGCGGGUUAAUAUGAAUGGUCCGAAGGAAUUGGAAGGGCUAGCACAAACCUAUGCCACUUACUUACACUCCACAAGAGAAUUGGCCGAACUCCACGAGAAGUAUAAGGGAAGAGAGCGCACUGUUGAAGAGAGCGCAAGAUUGGUCGGACUACAAGUCCCAGAACGUCGGAGGGAUUGA